UGUAGUAAACACGGCCUGCGGAGGCAGGCGCUGAGGGAGGACCAGGGGAUGGACUUGGAAUCUGGAAAUGGUGUGUUUGGAGAAGCUGCCCUUGGAGCAAGGGAUUGUAGAGUGUCCGGAAGAUGUCAGUGACCCCCUGCCGUCACUCGGACACCUGGGGAGUGACCUGCACCCACUAGCAUGCCUGGAUGCUUCAAAAAGGUGUGGUAUGGGCUGGCAUCUUUACUCAGCUUCUCCUCCUUCAUCCUGAUUAUUGUGGCCCUGGCAGUGCCCCACUGGCUCAGUGGGAAAAUCCUUUGUCAGACUGGAGUGGACCUGGUCAACGCCACCGAUCUGGAGCUGGUCAUGUUCAUUGGGGACAUUUACUACGGGCUCUUCCGAGGGUGUAAGGUGCGCCAGUGCGGGCUCGGAGGCCGCCAGUCCCAAUUCACAAUCUUCCCACACCUGGUGAGGGAGCUCAACGCCGGCCUCCACGUGAUGGUCCUGCUGCUCCUCUUCCUGGCCUUGGCUCUGUCUCUGGUCAGCAUGGGCUUUGCCAUCCUCAACAUGGUCCAGGUUCCCUACAGGGCAGUCAGUGGCCCCGGGGGCAUCUGCCUAUGGAAUGUCCUUGCAGGCGGAGUCGUGGCACUGGCCAUAGCCAGCUUCAUGGCCGCGGUGAAAUUUCACGACCUCACAGAACGAAUCGCCAACUUCCAGGAGAAGCUCUUUCGCUUCGUGGUGGUGGAAGAACAGUACGAGGAGUCGUUUUGGAUCUGCGUGGCCAGCGCCUCGGCCCAUGCUGCAAACUUGGUUGUGGUGGCAAUCAGUCAAAUUCCCCUCCCAGAGAUUCAGACCAAAAUAGAAGAGGCCACAGUCACAGCUGAGGAUAUCUUGUAUUAAUCACCUUCUCCUGCUCACACCUUUUCCUAAGUCAGUUUUGUAGUGCGAAUGGAGACACCGGGUUUUUGCAGGCCUGCAGGCCGGAAUGUCCAGUUCUUGGCAGUAAGAAGAGGAAGCAGAAGGAGGGAGGGUGGUCCCGGGGCCAGAAAAGGAAAUGUUCCCAGAUUUCUGGCGUCUCUGUCCUUCUCUUUCACUGGGGUGGAGUUGGAGAUUCUGUCACUUGCCAGCUGUGCAUGACAGUGGAUGGAUCACUUACUGUCUACUUCUUCAUCCAUAAAAUGGGGAUAGUAACAAUCUCAUGAGGUUGUAAAGAAGUUUAUAUGUGUGGCAAUGCUGCCAGCUUUUGUAUCAAUGUAAUAUGCAUCUACAAUUAGAGCUCUCUGCAAAUAUAAGGUACUGAACACUCCAAUAAAUGCCUACACAACCCUGCUCUAUUCCAGACAAUACUGGGGGUUGCAAAGAGGCAUAACAUAAUGUCCUGCCCUCCAGAAACACCUAAUCUUUACACAUGACACAGGACUCAGCAACAAUGACAAUGAGUGAAAAGUACCCACCUCUUUUUUUAAGUGGUUACUACAUACUAGACACUGUUCUAAGAGUUUUACAUGUUAAGUCCUCACUACAAAUUCAUAUUUUCCAUAAUACUUUAGUCCCAUUUUAAAGACGAAGAAACUAAAGCAUAGAGAGGGU